AUUUUGGAAGAGUGUAACAUUGAGACAGCAUCUCACUUCAUUCUUUCUGCGAAAUCAUCUGAAAUUAUCCAAAAUGGGGCAAGACUUCUACGGAAUAUUGGGUCUCACGCGGAGUGCAUCAGAUGAUGACAUCAAAAAAGCGUACAGGAAAUUGUCAUUGAAAUUCCACCCGGAUAAAAAUCAGGAACCAUUUGCACCUGAAAAGUUUCGGCAGAUUGCAGAAGCCUAUGACAUCCUUAGUGAUCCUCGUAAGAGGGCAGUAUAUGAUCAGUUUGGGGAGGAAGGAUUGAAGAACGGAGUGCCAUCUGGUAGUGGUGAGACUGGUGCAUGGACUGAUGGAUAUACUUUCCAUGGUGAUUCACAUAAAGUCUUCAGGGAUUUCUUUGGUGGAGAAAAUCCAUUUGCAGAAUUUUUUGAUGGAAUUGAUGGUGAUCUUAGUAUGGGAUUUGGAGGUUUGAAAGGUAGAGGUAGAAAGAAGAAGGACCCAGCGAUUGAAAGAGAUCUUGUACUCUCAUUAGAAGAAGUCUUCCAUGGAUGCACAAAGAAAAUGAAAAUCUCAAGGAGGGUAAUGAAUGAGGAUGGACACACAUCAAGUAUCCGUGACAAAAUUCUUACAAUAAAUGUCAAGAAAGGUUGGAGAGAAGGUACAAGGAUAACAUUUCCAGAAGAAGGUGAUCAGGGACCAAAUAACAUUCCAGCUGAUAUUGUAUUUAUUGUCCGAGAUAAACCACAUCCAAGAUUCAAAAGAGAGGACAAUGAUUUAGUUUUUACUGCUAAAGUUUUAUUGGGAAAAGCAUUGACAGGAUGUAGUGUAGAAAUACCAACCUUAGAUGGAAGACUUCUUAACAUUCCAAUUAAUGAUAUCAUCAUGCCUGGAUAUAGGAAAGCUGUUCCCUCAGAAGGCAUGCCAUUAUCAAAGGAUCCAGAUAUGAAAGGAGAUCUACAAGUCCAGUUUGACAUUGAAUUCCCCAAACAACUGACACCAGAGAAAAAACAUUUAAUAAAACAAGCACUCUUGUAAAAAUGGAAAACAAAAAUACCUAUUUAUUUGUCAAUAAUCAUGGAUACUGACGCAGACUCUGCAGAGAACUGUUUUUAAAACUGUAUAUAUGUCUAAUUAUGGCUGUGAUUGAAGGACAAAUGCAAUUCAUUUAAAAUAAAUAUAUUACAACCUUAUGAAAUCUUCAGUGCUGUUAUUAUUUGUUAUGGUCAUUAUUCUGUUAUUUUUGUUCAACAAUCAAACUACCAUAAGUUACAGAAUAGUGCUGUUCUGUGUAGCAGACCUGUAUUUAUGAAUAACACAAGGUGUUACUCACAACAUGUACAAUUUAUGGUAAGGUAAUCUUAAUAAGCUUGUUGGCGACACCAUAAUUUUGAAUCUUGUUAUUUGAGUGACUUUAUAAGUUAUGUGACAGUAAACUCAAAAUGCUUAUUAUAUUAUAUUUGAUGAAUAGUUAUGUAAAAUUACAUUGUUUCACCUUUUGUUGAGGUUCACAUGAAAAUGCUAUUGGCAGCUAUAUGUUGAACUAUAACACUGGGCAUGGACUAUUGACAGCAGAACAUAAGUUGGUACACAGAGUACAGGGGAAUGUUACUGCUAUAGUAUUAUAGGUUAUUGCUUUGCUGAGUGGAAAAUCUUUGGAACCACAAAUAGCUACAUAUUACUGAGGGGACUUACUCUGAUUUGCUUCAUCUUUUGUAAAUAUGUUUAACUUAAACUCACUUAUAAAUACACUUGUGAGUGUAUUUGGUAAAUUUCUAUCUUUGAAGUGUGAAUAAACUUUAUACCUUGUAUAUCUAUCAACUGUUACUUUAAGAUGCUGGUACAUAAAUUAAUAAAGGUAUUUUAAAUCUUUGAAU